AUGGUGUUUAAUAGCUACCAAUGGCCGAUGGAGCAGACGAUGGUUAAUGGAGUGGCCGCGACCACCGAAGUUGACUCGAAGGUUGCAUUGGUGGCUCAACUAGUCCCACUGGUGAUUGAGUGCGCGAAAGAUGGAUGCUUGCUAUUUUCCAACGGAGUUUACCGAGAUGAAAGCAGUGUCGAGCAAGCAAGCUCAUCGUCCGGAACAAGCUUAGCAAGAACGCUUUUCGACGCGUAUUGCGAAUCUAUUUACUAUGUUGAUCAUGGACGUGUUCCGGGUUUCGCUUUCAAGAACCAUCUUCCUUAUCUUGAGAUCAAGUUAGAUGGCGUCGGGAGGCUAGCGUCGAACGAUGUGCAGAAGCAAUUUUACCAGACAGUAGUGUUUAUGGGAUGCACCCUUGGAGAGUUGGAGCUAGGAAUAAUGUCAAGUGAGCCUCAGGUAAACUUAGAAAAGGAAAUAAAAAACUGGCUCCAAGCGAAUUUCUCCAUUAGCAACAUUCAAAACACACCAUCCUCAUCCUUAAGGUCCUUAUCCCUAUUGCCUUCGAUUUCCGACAUCAUAACCUCUCCUGAUUACCUCGUCACAAACGAACAAUGCCCGAGACCAAGAGAAGCAUUAUUUCUAGAAGAAGCACUUUUAGAGGAGAAGCUAAGAUUUGGAACCCUAAACCAAAUGCGUAAAGUCGGGUUACCAAAGUUGGAAAACGAACACGAUGCGAUGACGAAAGCUAUUCUAGUCGUCUUAACUUCUUCUUUGUCUUCUUCGUCUUCUGGCACGGUUCAUAACUCGGUUCCUUUGAUUAUAAGCCCGCGUGAGCCGAGCGGGUUUAGGAGCUACCACUCCGCUUUAGGCCCGGUGGGCCAAUUAAAAACCGGUCGAAAGCAAAAUAUGUUCAAGAGAAUCAUUUUGUUCUUUAGAGAAUUGAACGUGGGGAGAAGACAGGUAUUGGGAAUCGAGGAACGCGGGCCCACGGACAAGCAGUUGCACCAUGCGAUGGCCGAAAAAAGAAGGCGGGAAAAUAUGAGGCAGAGCUUUCGAGUGUUGAGAUCAUUGCUCCCUCCUGGUUCAAAGAAGGAUAAUGCAACGGUUCUUAGCAUGAUCACCGAGUUCAUAGACUCGUUGAAAACCAGAGUGGAGCAACUCGAGAAAAGAAACCAGACGUUAGAGACACACCUCUCGGCGAAUGUUCUAGACGAAGAUCAUGGAACGAAUGUGAAGAUCGUACAAAUUUCACAAUCAACUUCGGAAUCAAGAUUCUUGGACUUGAGAGUGUGGUUAAGAUCGCGAGAAUGUAGCUCGUCGGAUUUGGUGAUUAAGGUUUUAGGGUUCUUGAGGCAGCAAAGGGAUGUUAGCUUGGUGUCUGUACAAUACUCCAAUACCAGCAUGGUGGUACCAAAUUCAAUGCAUGGCCUUGUCUUGAGAUUGAAAAUUGAGGGAGAUGAAUUUGAAGAAUCAGGUUUCCAGGAAGCAGUCAAAAGGUUGUUGAUGGCCAGCCACACUGACAAUUUGACCUUUCUACCGAUAAUGAAAGAGCCGUGA